AUGAUCAAUUUGCUUCUCUAUGUUGAUGACAUCAUUAUUACAGUUGUACCUACCACUGAUGGUCUCUUUAUCAGUCAGCUGAAAUAUGCUCUGGACAUUCUCACACGAGCUCAGUUACUUGAUAGCAAACCAGUCCACACUCCCAUGGUUGUUUCCCAGCAUCUGCCUAUUGAUGGUCCUCUGUUUUCGAAUCCCACGCUUUACAGAUCUCUUGUUGGUGCUCUCCCUCAGUUUCUUCAUGCCCCGACUGAAGACCAUUUUCUUGCUGUCAAAUGCAUUCUUCGCUAUGUUAAGGGCAAACUGCAUUUUGGUCUCACUUUUCAUCCAUCUGUUGCUCCUGGUGCUUUAGUUGCUUACUCGGAUGCAGACUGGGCAGGUUGCCCUCAUACUUGUCGUACUUCUACCUCUGGAUAUUCUAUUUAUCUUGGUGACAAUUUGGUUUCUUGGAGUGUCAAGAAAGAACCUAUUGUUUCUCACUCCAAUUGUGAAUCUGAGUAUCGUGCCUUGGCUUUCACUGCUGCUAAACUUCUUUGGCUCAUGCAUCUUCUUCAUGACCUCAAAGUCUCUUAUUCACACCAACCUCUUCUAUUAUGUGACAACAAGAGUGCAAUCUUCUUGAGCUCUAAUCCUGUUUCUCACAAACAGGCCAAGAAUGUUGAGCUUGACUACCACUUUUUUCGUGAAUUUGUUCUUACUGGCAAGCUUUGCACUCAGGGAUCGAAGAAAAAAAGAAAGAAAAUGCGAAGCUGGGAGGAGGCCUCCCUCGAGCUUGCUGUAGUGGGGAGUGGUGGCUUUCCAUCACGCGAUCGAUCGGUUGGUGGGUUAAUUCGUGAUCAGGAAGAGCUAGAGCUAGCUGCUUAA